AUGGCUAGAGCAAGGGCAGUUGGUGUGGACUAUAAAUUUGCAAAGCCUGGUGCACUGGAAACAGAGGAUGACAGGAGAAAAAGAGAGCGGCGAAACCAGAGAAGAAUAUCAGAACAAGAGAAAAGGUUGCGUGAAGUUGUUGGAGAUCUACCACUACCUCCACCAGCAGGGCCAAGUCAGCAAGAAGAUAAUGCAUACAUUGCUAUUCGUGCAUUUGAGGUGGAGCAGAUGACUUACACAUUCAGUUUUUGUGAGGUCUGCUAGGAGAGGCGACUGGAGUGCAAAGGCACGAGAAACGUGUACUCGCUGCAGAAGAGAUAAGAAGGUGCCAAAAGUUUGGUCAGGUGAGAAUAAUACGGAUCCAAUGGCUGUUCCCGAGUUUUUGUCUAACAUGUCAGAUGCUGAUAGCCAGGCUUGCACCUACUGUGCAUGUACACUUGUUGAAGCAUGGAGGUAUUGCCUCAAAGGGACAUUGCAUUGCUUUCCCACAGGCUGUGCAACAACCGGCCACUACUCUUCCACGCCUACCAGCAGAGGUGGAUAUCAUAUGCAUGAGAAGACAAGGAAAAGAUGAUACCCAUAAGGACUUAGGGUUAGAAGACACCGUGUUGAAGGAGCCCUUUGUUGGCUCAAGGACAACAAUCCUGCUUAUGGUGAUGUUAUUAAUGAUGGCGCCCGCAUAG